AUGUCUGGUGACAUUGAAACUUUUACCGCAAGCCUAUACGGCGAGCUUAGACGUGGAGAUGCCUCGAUGAGAGACCUCAAGACUCGGCUCGUAGCAGACGUCAAAAAGGCUCUUGUGGAAGUCAUUGCCGAGCGUCCUGGUACAGCUUGGGUGGAUUACCACGGCCAUACUAAAAAGGUGGCGGAGCACGGCAAGUUGUAUGAUGAUGCGACGAACGAUGAAAUCUGGUUUGACCAUGAUGGUUCCGAGACCAAGCCAGGAUAUUGGAAAAGGGGGACUAUAGCUUACUUAACUGCAACUUUCCAUGUUGAGGAUGUUUAA